AUGAUGCCUCUCCACACUGGUCAAGGCUCAUCGAGAAGCGCCAAUAGACGCCCUUUGCAGAAGGGGACAGUGGUCAAAACUGCUGACUGCGGUCAGGCCCAAAGGUCAUCUCGCGUCGACGAUAAGAUCCUGGAGCGAAUUCAAAAAUGCCUCAGUCGCGCUCACCACCCGAACUCCUCCGAGCUAGAGGCUAAAGCUGCCCUUUUCAUCUCUCAAAAACUGAUGAGCCAGCAUAAUGUGACCCAAGCAGAUCUCAUGGCUGCGGAUGGAAACAGCGAUAAGGCAUCUUUCGGUGGACGGAGCAAAGUUCGCAUUACCAAAACCGACAGAUCCACAAAAAGAGUCAUGAUGGAAGCCUUCACCUCCAAGCUAGCGCAAGCCAUGUGUACCAGUUUUGACUGCAAGUGUUACUCAACUCACGGUGGUGACUUUGUGGAAUGGAGCUUCUUUGGCAUUACGAGCAACACGGUUGCAGCGGCAAUGGCAUUUGAGAUGGCACACAAUAGAAUUCUGGACUGGGCAUGUUCCUAUAAAGGAGGCACACCAACGUUUAGUUAUCGCAUCGGUGUUGCCGAUGGGCUGGCAGCCAUGGCUUAUCGCGAGAAACAAAGAGAGUUGGACCAAGCGCGGCGCAAGGAAUUAGAUUUCCUGGCUUCUCAGAAGCGCGAAGUGGCAACGACAAUUCAGCGAGAAACCCAGAGACUACAGCUGCCUUCGGGCCAGUUUGCCACUGCCGUUGACGAUCAAUGCCCCGAUCGAGGAAUUCGCAAUAACGCGCGCGAUGUUGAUCCUUGUAUCGGGGAGGACGACAGCGAGGACUUCGAGCUCAAGGCUGACUUCAAUACGGAUGACAUGGAGAGGACAGACCUCUGUGGUGACGUGAAUGAGAGUAUUGACAUGUUUGUGAAACGGGAACUUGGAGAACCACGAAGAGCAAAUGAUGUGCCUGCUUUUCAACCGGUGUCCGCAGCCGAUGUCAAAGCCGAGUUUGUGGCCUCAUCUUCACCCGCGGCGUCACCAUGGGUGUCUGGCGCCCAGUUGGUCCAGUUCCGCGCAACAGCGGAGCAGGUGGCAGACGAUUAUUUGACCGAACACAAGAUCGAGCUGUCCGAAUGCAAAAAGCGACACUCUGUCAUUCGAGAUCUCGAUGUCUAUCGUCAAGGCCAGAAGGAUAGCUCGAAGAUUGAAAUCAGUCGAAACAGGCAAGACUGA